AUGUUCUGCGCCAUAAGUGGGAAGCUUCCAAAGGAGCCAGUCCUUUCACCAAAAUCGAAAUGUAUCUUUGAGAAAUCAUUGAUUGAAUUAUAUAUAGAUGAAAAUGGGAAAGAUCCCAUAUCGAAUACACCAAUGACAAAACCUGAAUUAAUUUCCAUAUCACAAACUUCACAACAGGUAUCUCUUACAAAUUCAAUCAACUCUUCUACGUUAAAUGCAAACUAUAGUAUACCUAAUUUAUUAUCCACUCUACAAAAUGAAUGGGAUGCAAUUAUGUUGGAAAAUUUUAAAUUAAGGAAACAACUGGAUUCGUUGACGAAACAAUAUUCAACUGCUUUAUAUGAAAGAGAUGCUGCAAAAAAUGUUGCUACGAGAAUAAUGAAAGAGAAAAAUCAAUUGACAAAAGAUUUACAAAAUUUAACCUUACAAAUAAAUAAAGACUUUGCAUCUGAUAAUGAGGACGAAAAUGAAGACGAACCCAAAAAUGAAAACGAUACCACAAUUGCCCAAUGA